AUGAAGAAUCAGGGUUUCGUGGCCUUUCUGUUAUUACUUAUCUCAGUAAAUGAAGCCAAAAGGUUAGACAGAUGUGAACUAACUUGGUUUCUGAAAAAAGGGGACAUGGAUGGAUAUUAUGGAACCACCAUAGGGGAUUGGAUCUGUUUAGCGUUUUAUGGGAGCAGAUUCAACACAAAGUCUCUAGGGGGUCGCAACCCUGAUGGCGGCAGAAAUUAUGGGAUUUUCCAGAUAAACAGCCGUUGGUGGUGCUCCACUCAGAAGGGCAGAAAAUCCAAUGGGUGCAAUGCUUACUGUGGUGAUUUCAUAGAUGAUGACAUCCGCGAUGAUAUUGCGUGUGUUAAGAUAAUUGCCCGUGAGGCGAGUGGGUUGGAUGCCUGGUACCUAUGGAGGAGAAACUGCAAGGGGAAAAACCUCAGUCGUUGGACUAGAGGCUGUGAAUUCUGA